GUCUAAUGUCACAUUCUAGUUCUAUUGAAUAUUCUAUAAUGCUCAAAAGCGCUCAUGGUUGAUCGUCGAGUAUUGGGUACAUUGAGUACAUAUUAAAUGAAUCAAAAUGAGCCACCCUCAUCUUUAUACUAAUGUAGAUAUUUACCAGAAACCUUUUCCAAAGUUUGGUCGACCUUUAAUUAUUGGAUACAUCGGGUUGGAAAAUUUAAAAUAUGCUCGCAGUAUAUGUGACAAAAAAGUUGAGUUUGAUCUUAAUAAACGUAUAAAUGAAGUUAAAAGAAAACCUCCUGAUUUAGAUGUAAAAUUGAAUGAUCUGCUUUCCUUUUUACUAAAAAAUGAGAUUAGAUUGAAUUUUAUGAAAUCGAAUAAUUUUGAAUCGGCUUUGAUAUUUUGCUAUAGAGGGUUGAUGACGUGCGUAGCUUGUACACCAUAUGAAAAUGAUGAGCCCUGGAAGAUCGUUGCCUUAUUAUAUCAAGGAAAUAUUUAUUUAUGUGCAAGAGAUACAGAAGAGAAAAAAGCUAGAAAAAAUAAUAUGAGUGAAAAAGAUAAAUUAUUUACAUCAUGGGGUUUCAAGUUUGAACAAUAUAUGCUUUCAGAUAAGCCAGACAUGGAACCAAAUCCAGAUGCACCUGUAGAUGAAACAGAAGAAUUUUCAUUGGUUUUUACAACAAACCUCAAAAAUCAUAAAAUUGUGUAUGGAGCUGAAAUGGAUGGAAUACGAUGUGAUAACAAAAAGAUUGAUACAAUAAACAUUUGUGAAGAGCCAGAUCAUAUUAUUAAAUAUUUAUUAGAUAAAAAGUUUGUUGAACUGAAAACCAACAGGCAUAUAGAAUUUGCAAAUCAAGAUAGAAAUUUUAGGAGAUUCAAAGCAAAGAAAUGGUGGUGUCAGUCAUUCUUAGCGGGAGUAGAGACCAUCGUAUGUGGAUUCAGAAACGAUAAUGGAAUCGUAGACGAACUAAAAGUCUAUAAAGUUGCAGAUUUGCCGAAAAUGUGCAGAAAAUUUUGGGAUCCAAGUGUGUGCUUAAAUUUUUUGGAAACAUUUUUCACAUUUGUUAAAAGAUGUUUAUCAAGGGAAGUCAAACAGAAAUAUGGAGACAAAGCAAGUUACAAUCUACAUGCCUUACCACUUAUUAGUUUAUUGUUUGAGUGGUCACCUGGGUCUCCAGUUCAAGUUUCAAAUUAUUAUAAUCACGACGAUGAUCCAAUACUAUCAGAAAUGUUUUUAAAAACAUAUGGUAAAAACAUUGAAAUGAAAUGAAAUAUUGUUAAAUCUACAAAGAAGAACCAUUUAUUAUAAGGAAUUUAGAAUAUUAUAUUACUGAUUUAGAUGUAACAAUAUUUUAAUAAUAAAAUAAAUACCUAU